CGUGAAGCCGAGGCUAAACCGGAAGUGUUGCUUGUGUAGCUCUUAGUCUCAAGGCCAGAGCACAUCUACGAAUUAUCACGGAAAUAAAGAAUUCAGUUUCGUGACACUUGAUCUUAUGAUUUAUGCAUAAAGAUGUGAGAAAUUAGCAAAUGUUAAGCGACUUUUUACCUCAAAAUAAUGAAAGGAAAACUGAACUUGAGUGCGCUGAAAAGUGAGGGAUGAAAGGCAAUUUCACCGACGUAUCGCUAACCCAGAGAGAAAAAAAAGCAUCAUUCCAAACCAUCUGCUAGCAGGGUUGUGAAGAUAAGUCCUCUAUAUCUUGUUAAUGAUUUCCUGAGUUCAAAGUAAAAACUCUUAACCAUGAGGACUCGUCCAGGAAGUCGACUAAGCAGAAGUGGCAUGACCUGGUUAAUUGCUGUGAUGUUCCAGAAUAUAAUUAUAGAGUCCUGUGAUGCCUUACUGUAUCCUGGGUUUAUUAAAUACUGAAGGAGUAGGACCAGAAUCCAUCAGGAGGAAAAGACAUUUUUUUCCAUUUAUUGGAUCAGUGCUUCAGAUGGGAGUUUGAAAACAUGGGCAUGGCCCCAAGUGAACCAAGCAUCUAUGACAAGCUGUCUGAAAGCAUAGAUGUCCUACGUCAGUCAGGACACCGGUUUGGCAUGUCUGAGAAAGAGAUUGAGAAGUUCAUUCUGGAGGUGCUGGAGACCAAUGUACCCAGGAGGGACCCACCCCGAUUCCCCAUUCUGAUAGCAGCUAGUAAGCUUUUUUUCAUACUUGCAUUCCUUCUCCUGACAGUGCUGGCCUUCCUUUACCCUCAAAGCUCCCUUCAAUAUGGACUUGCAGGCCAUCACUCUUAUAACUGGUCUUCACCCAUUAGCCAUGUGCGCCUUCUGUCUCUGCCGAUUGCCAAGAAGUACAACCUUCAAGAAUUUCAUGAAUGGUGGAGCUCAAGUAGGAAGAGUCAUUCUGAAGUUCCAGUAAACUGUUCUGGUUGUGCCUCUGUUACAGCAAUACAUGAGCUUACAGAAAAGGAAGGAAAACUGGACUGUAUUGUCCAGGGUUCACAGCCUGUAUUAUUCAAGGGUGGACAGGCUUUGUCACUGACUUAUGAGGACAUUGAGCAAUUAUACUCCAAGAGGAAUGAGUCUAUGGAUUUGUUUGUAAAUGAAAAUAGCAGCCUUAUUGUUUUGGCUGAGGCAUUCCCAAAAGAACCAGUGAACUUCACCAUCUUCUGGAAAACACAGCUACUGAACCCAACAGAGGUUCUUCAACUGCUAUUUCCUCAUGCAGACCUGAGGCAUUUCUUGAAUCAAGAAGCUGUAUCCAUUAAGCGCUGCCUGGUGUUGGAUGGCCAAGAACCCAAUUCUCAGGUUCUCCAUAUACACAGGUGGUUAGUUAUUGGAAAGGGAUUUCCAUCUCUCAAGAUCCUGCCCCAUUCGGGAUGUUACAGACAGUGCCGCUCCUUCUAUGUGUGGCUUGCACCAGGAGACUUGGUAUUUGCAGAUUCCCGGUUAUGGCAAAUGGAGCUGUUUCCCAGCAGAGGGCAGAACAUUGUUUGUGAUGGAUCUGGAUUCUAAAGGACAUGGAGAACUCUAGGAUGACCAUUUCCAAUACAAUCUAGUUUUUUGAAAAUUGACUUUUUUUUUAGACUUUAAAAUUGUGAAUCCUGAAUAUGACAUUCCUGAUACUUUACAGUAUCUCUUUUUCUGUGCUUGACGCUCAAUACAGCUACUACAUAAAAGGUA